CCGCUUGUGUGUGGAGUUGGUGGGCAAAUGCGGCUCCUUGGCAAAAAAUCAUCGAUUUAAAACCGAUUUUCAGAAAAUAGAGCGCAGCGAUCAAUAAUUGCAAAGUCUGAUGAAGGGUUGCCGUGGCAACCAGGCGAUGACCUCGAAUUGCUCCGAAAGCUAGGACAACGUGAGAGGCAUUUGGAAUACAUAGCGGAGAAACUCGUUGGUGAUCUAACAUCAAAUACAGUUUGUACUUUGAAGUCAAGUUUCAAAGGAUAACGCCCAAAUCAGAUUUACAACUGUCUGAACAAAUUUAUGUCAAUGCAGACUUGCGUCGGUCUUUGAUCAGAUAAAUUUAUGCGCAAGUUUCAUUCAAAUUACAAUCGUAACAAACUUCAUUUAGAAACGUUGACAUUAUUGAAAUAUUCAAAUAUUUAGAUUUUGUUUAAUAUUGAUUUCACGACCUUGAAACAGUGUGCAGUCAACAGUCUUGGCUGGCCUUGACCUUGACCUAGUUUUUUGGUGAGUCAUCCUCGGUGCCUUACGGAUGUUUAUGAGUGCAAUUGACGACUGGAUGUUCGCCGAAGUCAUUUAGAUGAUUGGAUGAUUGUAUUGAUGGUGACGAUGCGUCUACGCCCGGACGUUUGUGGCCAAUUUGACAUAACUGUGGCAUCGUUGAAGUAAUUUAUUUCACGAACGUCCUUCUGUGAUAAUUUGAUCAAGAGUUUCGUAUCUCAAGACAGGAUCCUUUAGGAGUGAUAUAUCAUUUGAGAUUAAAGUUCUUCGCCUUGCCACAGAGCUGAGGAUGAGCAGGGAUUGAAAUCCCAAGUGCCGGCAUCAGUAUAUAACAUUACACGACUUUGAAUUGAAAAGCCAUCGAGAAAAGUCAAGGAAUCUUUACAUUCAAAAAUUCUAGUUCCGCACUUGGCCACUGAUGGCGCAAUGACGUGAGAACCGGAGUAAAUCAUGUCGAAUUCAGCUCCAACCUCAGCUGACGCCUGCCUCAGUAUUGUGCAUAGUUUGAUGUGUCACCGCCAGGGUGGCGAGAGUGAAUCGUUUGCCAAACGCGCCAUCGAGAGCUUGGUGAAGAAGCUGAAGGAGAAGCGCGAUGAGUUAGACUCGUUGAUCACGGCGAUUACGACAAACGGUGCACAUCCAUCGAAGUGCGUGACGAUACAGCGGACACUGGAUGGACGAUUACAGGUGGCAGGACGUAAGGGCUUCCCUCAUGUGAUCUACGCACGCAUUUGGCGUUGGCCGGACUUGCAUAAAAACGAGUUGAAACAAGCCAAGUUUUGCCAGUUCGCCUUUGAUUUGAAGCAGGACAGCGUGUGUGUGAAUCCAUAUCAUUAUGAGAGGGUGGUGUCUCCUGGCAUUGACUUAUCGGGCCUGACACUCCACCAGACAGCACCACCUCAACGCCUCAUCACAGAUGGCUUCAUACACGACGUCAAGGUCGACGGGAAGGCGUCGACAGGUGGACCGCCAUCUUUAUCAGGACCAAGCUCCAUAAUGAGUCCACUGUUGUCCCCGGGCAGCAUGAGCCAGGGCUCGCCACAGCCCCAGUCGACGGUCCAACACAACAGUCAAGCGUCCUCUAUUGGGCAGAUGACACAGGCGCAGCAGUCGACGAUACAGAACAUGGUGCAGGCAUCGAUGGCGCUGGUACAGCAACAACAACAACAACAAACACACGCGCAGAGCGGACAGACGCAGUCCUCUGGCCAUCCGCUUAGCCCUGGUAGUUUGGGCAGCCCUAACUCCAACCUGGGCAGCAUUCAUUUAGAAACUAAUAACCUCAGUCGUACACCAAGUUCGACGAUGGCGCAUCCAUUGUCGCCACAGAAUCAGAUCGAAUCGUUCAACCAGAUGGUUCACUCGCCGGCGAUCGCUGCGACGAUGGCAUCACAGUCCACAUCACAGUUCACACGAAGUGGAACUACAACAUGGGCUGGCAACAAUACGGCAACAUAUACACAAGCCAUGCACCCAGAUAACCAGUUCUGGAGCCAGAACAACCAGCUAUCAUCGGACGUAGCUAUUCAACAGCCAAUAUCCAACCUACCACCGCCAGAGUUUUGGUGCACGAUCGCCUACUUCGAGCUCGAUCAGCAGGUCGGCGAGACGUUUAAAGUCCCGUCGAGUUGCCCGACUGUGACGGUCGAUGGUUACACGGACCCGUCGAGCGUGGAUCGAUUCUGUAUCGGCCAGCUUUCGAAUGUGCACCGAACAGAAGCAAGUGAAAGAGCAAGAUUACACAUUGGUAAAGGCGUACAGCUCGACUGCCGAGGAGAGGGCGAUGUUUGGAUCCGUUGCCUAAGCGACCACAGUGUAUUCGUCCAAAGCUACUACCUGGAUCGCGAGGCAGGCCGGGCACCCGGGGACGCGGUGCAUAAAAUUUAUCCCAGUGCUUACAUAAAGGUGUUCGACCUCCGUCAGUGCCAUAGACAGAUGCAGCAGCAGGCAGCAUCAGCUCAAGCAGCCGCGGCAGCACAAGCAGCCGCGGUGGCGGGAAAUGUCCCUGGACCCGCGUCUGUGGGGGGUAUUGCACCUGCUGUUGGUCUUUCUGCUGCUGCCGGGAUAGGGGUUGACGACCUGAGACGCCUCUGCAUUCUACGGUUAAGUUUCGUCAAAGGCUGGGGACCAGAUUAUCCACGCCACAGCAUUAAGGAGACGCCAUGUUGGAUUGAAGUGCACCUGCAUCGAGCUCUGCAGCUUCUUGACGAGGUUCUACAAGCGAUGCCCCUUCAUGAGGGGGUACGACCACAGAGGCCUUUCUUGCUGGGAUAAACGGAUUGAGACUUUGAAACAUAAACUAUGUGCUCUGCUGCUCUAUAGUCUUUUUCAUCCUACAUGAACAAUGGUUGGGACUCAGUUAAGGAGCGUUUCAAAUUCUGAAUUAGGUUCUACACGCAUUGCCUCAUCACACGAAUUUGAACCGAAAAGGCUGUUUGUGGUUAACUGAUUGUGACUUUGACUUGAAAGAAUGGUUCAUGUUUCUCUCUUCUUUUUCAACCCGGAUUCAGUGGGAGGUUCUCCCAUAACCAAGGGAUCUUUACUAAAGAUAUCAAGUUUUUGAAGGUCACAGGGCUUUGAUACUUGCAGUUCUGAGAGGGAUAAAUAUCGACAGUUGAUUCUCAAUUUUUUGCGUCCACAUCUGACUGCUGGUCUAAGUGUGUCUGCUUUACCCUAGAGCGCCUCCUGAUAGUAAUUCUUGAAACUAUCAUGAAAUGAGAUUCUUUGCCGUUGUGGGCGUUAACUUGAUAAACUUAUAAUUUAUAUUCAUGUCAUCUUUAUGAAAUUGAAACCUUUCAAAUUAACUUGUAAUUUAUAUUCAAGUCAUCUUAAUGAAAUUGAAACCUUUCAAAUUCACUUACAAAUGUCAACGUUUUUAAUGAACGAUGUCGGCCUUUAAUCUAGUGAGUUCACCUGUGAAUUACAGCAGCAAACAUGGAGUUGGGAGUCCACAAAAACGAAAAAUUCGCAUAAAAUUUGUGUACUUAUGGCUUGGCGAAUAUUAGCCAGUUAAAUUCAAUUUCAUGUACCGAAAUGUUCCUUGUACAUAUUUACUGUCUUUCCUUUGAAAUCCGUAGAAAUAGAUCCUGCUGACCCCCAUGAGGAAAAUGGGUUACUCCAGUGAAUAGAAAAACGUAUAGAAUUGGGUGAAUCCAUUUGUUGUUAUGGCGAUGAUAGGUAAUAGAAAAUAAGUGUUUUUGCAUGUGACUUUCAUGGAUGUUCUUGUGAUCCUCACAAUCCUCACAAAAUUUCUGCUGUAGACCGAAGGAAUUGGUCAUAACGUCCAGUCAAUACGUGUACUUUAUGAUAUUAAGUAAAUACAAUUGGUUUUAAGCUUUUCAUGAAAAGGAUAUUUUGAGAGAUAUUUGUGGCAUAACAGUUUCAUGGCAUUGUUAGCGAAUCUCUCCUGAAAUAUCUGAAAUAUUGAAUCUGAACCAAGCAUCUGCUCAAGAGAUGGAGCAGACGACAUCUACUGCAAAUAAACAUCUGUUGUCUGCACAAGAGAGAGCAGACGGCACCUGAUGUAAACAAACCUUGGUCGUCUGCUCAAUCUUCGCAGUGUAAAUGAAAAUGAAAUGAAAUGAAAUGAAAUGAAAUGAAAUGAAAUGAAAAGAAACCUACAUCUAGAUCAAUCUGCCCGUCCUGAUGGUUACUGAUUAUAGUUUGCAAAAUAUUUCAUGAAAAGUUGAACCCUUCUGUGGCCGAGUGACAAGAGAGUAAAACCAGUGAAUUUUUAACAAUUUUUGUAAAUUUUUUCCUUUUCUAAAAACUUUAAAAAUAUGACUUAUUCGACAAUUUGUUAAUUAUAAUGAGAUUGUAUGCUACUUUUUGCAUAAUAAUUGUAAGAAAUUAUUGAUGUUCCUGAUUGUGGAUGUGAUGUCUAAAGUGAAAACAGCAAACCUCAUUUGAGACGUUGUCCACCAAUGGAGAGGUAGUCCACCAAUGGAGAGGGUGUCCACCAAUGGAGGUUCCACUACAGUUAGGUUUGGGGUGUCUGUCCCUACUGUGACUUGGGCGGUAUGUGCAUGGUAUGUUCCCCUGUCGAAAAAACAAUCGGGCAUUGCCCACUUUAGGAAAAACUCCAUCUAAGCAGGUCCCAGCUUCAUGAUAAGAACACACCAUAGUUGCUUAAAGGCCCAGUAUGUCCAUGUAUACUUAGUUAUUAUGUAACCUGCCUGCUAGUGCCCUACAUUGUUUCUUUGAUAAAUUCAUAAGAAAAUUAAAAAAAUCUGAAAUGUCAAAUUUUGAUGGUGUACUUGGCCUUUAAAGUUUUUCUUUGUAAUUGGAGGACAACACUUUAUCAUACUCUCCUGUAAGAUAUGAAUUAACAAAUAUAGAUAUAUAU